AGCAGAGAUAACUUAACGCCUGUUGGACACGUUUAUACAGUGACAGUGUGUGGUUUAGUAGCAUUUCUCGGCCUCUGAUGGAGAUUUUAGGCAGCACGUUUGAUGACUCGGUGUUUUCGGAGGCGAGAGACCGAGUGUGUGUGUCUCUGUCCUCUUACAAAGCCAAAGUGUGUGAGCCUCAGUGGUUUUGUGAGAGUGCUGCUCUCGAUACGGACGAUUCUCUGGAGAAGCAGAAAGUCUACAAGUUCAGAGGUGACUUGGCUGUGAGGCAGGGCAAAUACCAGGAAGCCCUGGAUGCGUACAGCAGCUGCCUGGAGUUGAUCGCCGACAACAACUUGACCAUCAGAAGAGACGUGCUGGAGGGAAUGGCUCGAUGCUGCACCAAACUGGGACAGACAGACCAGGCGCUUGAGUUGGCCGACUUACUGAGCAAAGAAGCCUCAAACACCUGCCACCUGACGGGCCUCCUGCUGCUCAAGGUCAGCAUCUACCAGAAUUUCAGAGAUGUAGGAUCAAAGAUGUCUUCCCUGCAGCAGCUGUGCAGCCUGCUGCCCUUUAACCCCUGGCACUGGUGCAACCUGGGGCAAACGUGUCUGCAGCUGCUGGAGAGCGACAGAGCCACAGGAUCCUCUUCUCCACAGAGGUGUGAGCCAGCAGGAGAGCAGAAGGACGGAGAGAUUGUGGAGCAACAGGAGGAGCUAGAUGAGGACAGGAUCUGGCUGAAGGCCUGCAUGUGCUUCAUCAGGACGAGACUCUUGUUGAGAAUCCUUCGGCAGCAGCAAUCCUCCUUUGUACUGCAGCGCAGUGAAAGCGCCCUCCAAACAACAGAAGAGGCGUUACAGUGGUUAAAUCCCAAAGAAACAACUCUGCAGGCCAUCACUGAGGUGAUGUCAGAGGACCUUAUCCCAGAGAAGAUGAGGGAGGACUACCAGGACGGGGAGAGUUUGGGCAGCGUGUGUGUGCAGAGCUUCAGAGAGCGCUGGUGGAACAAAGUCUUACUGACUGGAGUGCUAGAGACUGAUGGACCACAUCGCAACGCAAAGUCCUGAUGCUCUGGUGUUAACCGUUUACAGUUGGAGGGAAAAAAAUCACUGUACGUCCAUCUAAGAGGAAAGAAACAGACAGUGACGAACCAGAUCCAAAGACAAGACUCCGUAUAAAGUACCAACUAGUGACAUUGUGUUGUAAAAUCAGGGAACGAGAACUGCAUUAACUGAAGAGCCAUUUCAUAGUUACACAUCACACAUUGUUCCCCAAAAACAUAUCAGAUAUUUUGUAUGUGUGUCCCUUUAUGUGAAGCAUAGUGAGAGCUGCACACUGGGUGUCAAUCCCACAUCACCAAACACCGAAUGUGUCACCUUGGUAUAUAAUUGAUGGCAGUGAUCCGACUCUGCAUUGACAGAGGACACAAAAGGAGACAAAGUCAGACAUUUUCAACUCUUUAAUAUUCUCCUCAAAUGUAACUUUGUGCCAUAAC